UCUACUUGAGCAAGCGAAUAGGAGUGCCGAGCGUUGGACGAAGAAGGCUGAUACGAUGCGGAAAGAACAAGACCGCAAAGGACAAUGAGAGGAAGGCCGAUAUUGAGGCACGUGGCGGAGAGGAUGGCGCGGGAGGGGAGCCGCCGGGUGUAUAGAAAACAAGAGGCCGGCUGGGCCGCGUAGAUUGCUGACCGUCUCUGCACGCUGCCACCGUCGCUCCUUUGUCUUCCACAGGCUGCACUUGCGCCCCAUCGUUUAUUUAACUACAAUGGUCCACCGCCGCACACAGUCCAACCGCUUCCCCGGCCCCACCAUGUACGGCGACCCCAGCUCCCUCCCCAGCCCCGUCCUCGAGUCCCCGCCCUUCACCCCCGCCGCCGUCUCCUUCGCCGCCCUCUCGUCCCUCGCCGCCCGCAAACCCAGAGCAUACUGGUACCGCACGACAUUCCUCGCCCUCUUCGUCCUCGUCGUCCUCUCCGUCUACAUCCUCCUCGUCGCACAGCCGUCGCUAUCGUCCAUACCCGCCGCGUUCGACUCCGACAGCCAUGCACACGCGCACCUGUCCCCGGAUGCGUUCCGGCUAGCCGCGCUGCGACACAAACACCCAUGGAGCAAUAACGAGAGCACGCCCGGCCGGCCGCAGGUCCAGCUGAACGCGUCGCAGGAGCUCGCCGCGGUAUCGAGUUUCAUCGCGAGCCUCCCACAGAACGUGAUCCCCGGCACCGUCGAUCCCUCCCAGCCGAUCGACCCACAGCUCGUGCUCGACUUCGACACCAUGGCAGCGCAUGCAGCAGAGGAGGUUGACGCGGUAGUAAAGGACGUGUGGGCACAGCAUCCAGUUAUGCUCUACUCAAAGUUCUACUCCCCCGUAUCCCGCGAGCUCAAGCAAAUACUCAACGACCUCUACCUCCGGCCCGCACCCACAAUCGUCGAGGUCGACCAGCGCGUGGACGAGUCCGUCCUCGCGCCGCUGCUCUUCCGGCUGACGGGCAAGUCGGAGCUCCCCAUCCUCCUCGUCGGCGGGCGCCCGCUCGGCACGCUCGAGGAGAUCCGGUACCUCAAGAAGAAGGGCGAGCUCCAGCGGAUGCUCACCGCCGCGGGCGCGGAGGUGUACGGCGCGCGGAAGAAGCAGAAGAAACUGCACUGAGCCUCGGGGCCUCGCGCGCCGCAUCCGGCUUGGAACAGGAUGCCUGCUUGCUUAUGACGGAGACGCAGACGGACUUGACUUGUACACAUACUCGGACUAUCCCCCAUCAUCCUU